AUGGAUAAAUAUUCCUUGUUGGCCCUUCGACGUGUCGAUGAUGCUACGUUUGUCAACUGCUCCCCCUUGUUUGUUCCGUUCAGAGGAAGAGGCUUAUUUGGUGGUACAUUAGCAGCACAGGCAACUUUGGCAACCUUGCUGUUUACAAACACGCAGGAAAAGACUUGGAGGCCAAUCUCAAUUCAUUGUCAUUUCCUUUUCGCAGCCAAACCAACUCCUCAGUUGUUCUAUAAGGUGUCAAGUCUCAAGGAUGGUAAGAACUACUGUACACGUGCUGUUGAUCUCUACCAGAACGACCAGUUGAUAUUUAGAGCGACCUGUUCUCUUGAGGCCUACCGAUUGAUGGGUUCUGCUUCCAAACUGGAUGGUCAAUUGUCUCAUCACAGUAAAGGUCCUAUAAUUGGUAAGGAUAUAGAUCUGCCAGAGGAGAUGCUUUCCCAGGAAGAGGCUUUCUCUGCUUGGUCGCAGAAGGCUUACAAACAUCGUCAUUUGGGAUACCUUAAAACGGCAUUUGAGGAUGUUACAAGAAGUUAUGCAAGAGAGCCUUGUAUGUGGAGAUUGCCAAACGAUAUGCUUGAUCUUGACAACGUGGCAGGCUCUGAGAAAGAGAAAUCACCGUGCGACAGAACCUUAAGGUAUUGGAUAAAGACUAAGCAGCCGAUGGCAGAACCACACAUAUAUUCUUGGGUUGCAUUGGCCUACAUUUCUGAUUACUUUUUUCUUAGCACAAACAUGAGGUUGAACAUGAGGGAGCUGUUCACCACGAAGUUUUCAGUUUCGUUGGAUCACACAAUCUACUUUAACAGUGAGAUCGACGUAUCUGAAUGGUUUAAUUACAACGUCAAGAGUUUGAAAUCGGGCGAAAACAGAACCAUUGUGACUGGUGAGAUGUUCAGUAAGGAUGGUCAACUCUUAGCUACGACGUUUCAGGAGGGAUUGUCGGUGGUAUUCACGGAUUAA